AUGGAUCAUCAGCAGAAGGCCGGCGUCCAGUCGGCCGGGUCAAACAAGUCGUCACAGUCGGGCUCGUUCGACUUCGAGCAGGACCAGAACCGCGACACCGACCGCCGGGAGGUCGUCGUCAAGAUCGACGCCGACCCCUCGACCUCGCACGCGGCGGAGGGCACGGGCGGGUCGGGGUCUGGAUCGGGCGAGACGUUCAGCUUCCAGAACCGCCAGCCGCAGUCUUCCGCGUCGCCGGCGCUGGGCGUCAGAGCGGAAUGCAGCCAAGACCCCGCGGACCGCCUCAUCGGCAACUUCCUACGGAAGCAGGCGGCGGCCGGCGGCGAGCUGCUGCUCGAUCCCGACCUGGAAAUAGAGGAGAGUCAGGAGAAUCACGAGACGUGGAGGCCGCCGCGCCCGCCCACGUCCGUCACCAAUUCCCGGGAGCUCCGCGUCUCGUUCCAAGAUGCCCAGAAGCGUCUCGGCCAAUCGUCGUCGUCAGCCUCCUCCUCGGACGCCACCGCCGACAACAAUCGAAACCAGGAUGCGAACGCAAGGGUCGACACCGCCGAGGUGGUACGUUGCACGUCGACAUCGGCCGGGAACGACCUGUUGUCGCGCAGCAGGACGCGCUCCCGGCUGAUGGACCCCCCGCCGCCGUCCAAUGUCCUCCCCGGUGCCGACGGGGAGCGCAACGACCGCAAGUCGUUCGUCAUGAAGGGGCGGCCCAAAUCCGGGCAUUACCGGUCGGGUCUCAUCGGAAAGUCGGGUCUGAUCGGCAAGUCAGGCGGCGCGCUCGACGACGAGGAAGACGACCCGUUCAUCGACGAGGGCGUGACCGCCGCCGACUUCAAGCGCGAGAGGACGGACUGCCUCAUCAUCCUGGAAUGGACCGGCCUGGUGAUCAUCGUGGCCACGCUGGUGUGCAGUUUCAAGAUACGAAGCCUGCAAGGGAAGGAGUUCUCGGGGCUCCCACUCUGGAAGUGGGAGGUCCUGGUGUUCGUGCUCAUCUGCGGCCGCCUCGUCUCCGGCUGGGUUCUCCGCAUCACCGUCUUCUUCGUGGAGCGCAACUUCAUGCUCCGCAAGAAGGUGCUCUACUUCGUGUACGGCGUGCGCCGCGCCGUGCGCACCGUGCUCUGGCUCGGCGCCGCGCUCAUCUCCUGGCACCUGCUCUUCGACAACGGUGACCGGCUGGAGACGCAGACGGUGGUGUUGCACUACGUGACCAAGGUGCUGCUGUGCCUCCUGGUGGCCACCGUGAUCCGGCUCGUCAAGACGCUGCUGGUCAAGGUGCUGGCCUCCUCCUUCCACGUCUCCACCUACUUCGACAGGAUCCAGGACGCGCUCUUCAACCAGUACGUCAUCGAGACGCUGUCCGGCCCGCCGCUGGUGGACGACGUGCAGCGGCUGCAGAGCGCGGGGGCGACCACGCCGAGGGAGUCCGCCGCUGCGGUGCCCAAGAGCGGGCGCCUAAGCAAGCAGCUGCAGAAGCAGAAGUCGGACGACGGGAUCUCGAUCGACCAGCUCCAAAAGAUGAACCAGAAGAACGUCUCGGCGUGGAGCAUGAAGAGGCUGAUGAGGAUCAUUCGGUACGGAGCGCUGACGACCAUGGACGAGCAGAUCAAGCAUGCGUCCGACCUGGGGGACGAGAUGGCGACGCAGAUACACAGCGAGUACGAGGCUAAGGUUGCUGCCAAGAAGAUCUUCCACAACGUCGCCAAACCUGGAUCCAAGCACAUAUACUUGUCGGAUCUGAUGCGGUUCAUGAGGGAGGAGGAGGCUGUGAAAGCCAUGGAUCUCUUCGAAGGAGCCAAGGAGAACAACAGGGUCAGCAAGAGAGCGCUCAAGAACUGGGUGGUGAACGCGUUCAGGGAGCGCAAGGCCCUGGCCCUGACGCUCAACGACACCAAGACGGCGGUGAACAAGCUCCACCAGAUGGCCAACGUGCUGGUGGCGCUCGUCGUGCUCGCGCUGUGGCUCCUCAUCCUGGGGAUCGCCACCACGCGCCUCUUCGUCCUCCUCAGCUCGCAGCUCGUCCUCGCGGUCUUCAUGUUCGGCAACACCCUCAAGACCGUCUUCGAGGCCAUCGUCUUCCUGUUCAUCGUGCACCCUUUCGACGUCGGCGAUCGCUGCGAGGUCGACGGCAUGCAGGUGGUCGUCGAGGAGAUGAACAUCCUGACGACGAUCUUCCUCCGACACGACAACCUCAAGAUCUACUAUCCCAACAGCCAGCUCGCCGUCUUGCCCAUCAUGAACUACUACCGGAGUCCUGACAUGGGAGACGCGGUUGACUUCUCUGUUAACGUCGCUACGCCGGCGGAGAAGCUGGCCCUCAUGAAGGAAAGGCUGAUGCAUUAUCUCGACAACAAGAAAGAACAUUGGUACCCUGGCUCCAUGAUCGUGCUCCGCGACAUCGAUGAUACAAACCGACUCAAGAUAACCAUAUGGUGCCGCCACACCAUCAACUUCCAGGACAUAGGGAUGAGAUUCGAGAGGAGGGAGCUGAUUCUCCAGGAGAUGAUGAAGAUUCUAAGAGAACUAGACAUCGAAUACCGGAUGUUGCAACUCGACAUCAAUGUUCGGAACGCGCCCCCUAUCCAUUCUAAUAGGAUGCCAACAACAUGGAACACAAAUUUUUGA